CAGGGCCCGGCAUUCCUGGGAGUCCUGCGUCCUGACGCGGGGCCCGGGGGGGCGGGCGGGAGGCGGCCCCUUAAAACCCCCCGGCGCGGGGCCGCCGCUUCACUGGGGCGCACCCGGGAGCCGCCGGCACAGCCCCACUCGCGACCGCCGCGCACGGGGAGAGCCCACGCGUGGGGCAGGAGCUCGCCGCGGGGGCUGCUCAGUUCCCCCCUCCUCCUCCUUCCCGGGCCGGUGAGUUCCCCGGUUCCCGGGCCGGUGAGUUUCCCCCCGUUCCCGGGCCGGUCAGUUCCCCCGUUCCCGGGCCGGCGAGCCCCCCGCGCGGCGGAGAUGAACAGCCACAGCUGCCCCGAGGCGCCGGCGGCCGGCGAGGAGGCGGAGGAGAUGCCGGCCACGGAGAAGGACCUGGCGGAGGACGCGCCCUGGAAGAAGAUCCAGCAGAACACGUUCACCCGCUGGUGCAACGAGCACCUCAAGUGCGUGCACAAGCGCCUGGGCGACCUGCAGCGCGACCUGGGCGACGGGCUGCGGCUCAUCGCGCUGCUGGAGGUGCUGAGCCAGAAGCGCAUGUACCGCAAGUACCACGCGCGCCCCAACUUCCGCCAGAUGAAGCUGGAGAACGUGUCGGUGGCGCUGGAGUUCCUGGAGCGGGAGCACAUCAAGCUGGUGUCCAUCGAUAGUAAAGCCAUCGUGGACGGGAACCUGAAGCUAAUCCUGGGGUUGAUCUGGACGCUGAUCCUGCACUACUCCAUCUCCAUGCCCAUGUGGGAGGACGAGGACGAGGAGGACGCCAAGAAGCAGACGCCGAAGCAGCGGCUGCUGGGCUGGAUCCAGAACAAGGUGCCCCAGCUGCCCAUCACCAACUUCCACCGGGACUGGCAGGACGGCAAAGCCCUGGGCGCCCUGGUGGACAACUGCGCCCCGGGCCUGUGCCCCGACUGGGAGACCUGGGACCCCAACCAGCCCGUGGAGAAUGCCCGGGAAGCCAUGCAGCAGGCGGACGACUGGCUGGGCGUACCCCAGGUGAUCGCCCCGGAGGAGAUUGUGGACCCCGACGUGGACGAACACUCCGUCAUGACCUACCUGUCCCAGUUCCCCAAAGCCAAGCUGAAGCCCGGGGCCCCCCUGCGCUCCAAGCAGCUGAACCCCAAGAAGGCCAUCGCCUAUGGCCCCGGGAUCGAGCCCCAGGGGAACACGGUGCUGAAGCCGGCCCAGUUCACGGUGGAGACCCUGGAGGCGGGGCUGGGCGAGGUGCUGGUCUACAUCGAGGACCCCGAGGGACACACCGAGGAGGCCAAGGUGGUCGCCAACAACGACAAGAAGCGGACGUACUCGGUGACCUAUGUGCCCAAGGUGGCCGGGCUGCACAAGGUCACGGUGCUGUUUGCCGGGCAGAACAUCGACAAGAGCCCCUUCGACGUCCACGUGGGCAUGGCGCUGGGUGAUGCCAACAAGGUGACGGCGCGGGGGCCCGGCCUGGAGCCCGUGGGCAACGUGGCCAACAAGCCCACCUACUUCGACAUCUACACUGCAGGCGCGGGCACGGGCGAUGUGGGCGUGGUCAUCGUGGACCCGCAGGGCCGUCGCGACACCGUGGAGGUGGUGCUGGAGGACAAAGGCGACAGCACCUUCCGCUGUACCUACCGGCCCGUGCUGGAGGGACCCCACACCAUCUGCGUCACCUUCGCUGGCACCCAGAUCCCCCGGAGCCCCUUUGCCGUCAACGUCUCCGAAGCCUGCAGCCCCAACGCCUGCCGGGCCACGGGCCGGGGCCUCCAGCCCAAGGGCGUACGGGUCAAGGAGGUGGCCGAUUUCAAGGUCUACACCAAGGGCGCGGGCAGUGGGAAGCUGAAGGUCGUGGUCAAGGGGCCGAAAGGCACGGAGGAGCCGGUGAAGGUGCGGGAGGUUGGCGAGGGGGUGUACGAAUGUGACUACUACCCCGUGGUGCCUGGCAAAUACGUGGUGGCCAUCUCCUGGGGUGGCUACAGCAUCCCCCGCAGCCCCUUCGAAGUGCAGGUGGCGCCGGAGCCUGGCACCCAGAAAGUCAGGGCCUGGGGCCCCGGCCUGGAGACUGGCAUGGUGGGCAAAUCAGCCGACUUCGUGGUGGAGGCGAUUGGCACCGAAGUGGGGACACUGGGCUUCUCCAUCGAGGGCCCGUCGCAGGCGAAGAUCGAGUGCGACGACAAGGGGGACGGGUCAUGCGACGUGCGCUACUGGCCCACGGAGCCCGGUGAAUACGCCGUGCACGUAAUCUGUGACGACGAGGACAUCAAGGACAGCCCCUUCAUCGCACACAUCAAGCCGGCCACCAACGAGUACUUCCCAGAGAAGGUGAAAGCCUUCGGGCCUGGCCUGGAGCCCACCGGCUGCAUCGUGGACAAGCCGGCGGAGUUCACCAUCGACGCGCGGGGAGCAGGGAAAGCCGAGCUCAAGAUCUACGCCCAGGACGCCGAGGGCUUCCCCAUCGACAUCAAGAUCAAGGACAACGGUGACAACACCUUCCACUGCGUCUACGUGCCCACCAAGCCCAUCAAACACACCAUCAUCAUCUCCUGGGGCGGGGUCAACAUCCCCAAGAGCCCCUUCCGGGUGACCGUGGGCGAGGGCAGCCACCCGGACAAGGUGAAGGUGUACGGCCCCGGCGUGGAGAAGACGGGGCUCAAAGCCAACGAACCCACCUACUUCACUGUGGACUGCAGCGAGGCCGGGCAAGGGGACGUGAGCAUUGGGAUCAAGUGUGCCCCAGGCGUGGUGGGGCCGCUGGAGGCCGACAUCGAAUUCGACAUCAUCAAGAAUGACAACGACACAUUCACAGUGAAGUACACGCCGCCAGGCGCCGGGCGGUACACCAUCAUGGUGCUCUUCGCCAACCAGGAAAUCCCCACCAGCCCCUUCCGCAUCAAGGUGGACCCGUCCCACGACGCCAGCAAGGUGAAGGCUGAGGGGCCCGGGCUCAGCAGAACAGGAGUGGAGGUCGGCAAACCCACCCACUUCACCGUCUUCACCAAGGGCGCUGGCAAGGCCAAGCUGGACGUGCAGUUCGCUGGGGCGGCCAAGGGCCCAGCCGUGCGGGACUUCGAGAUCAUCGAUAACCACGACUACUCCUACACCGUCAAGUACACCGCCGUGCAGCAGGGCAAUCUGGCCGUGACGGUGACGUACGGGGGGGACCCCGUGCCCAAGAGCCCCUUCACCGUCAGUGUGGCCCCUCCCCUGGACCUCAGCAAGGUCAAAGUGCAGGGACUGAACAACAAGGUGGACGUGGGCCGGGACCAGGAGUUCGCAGUGAACACCCGCGGUGCCGGGGGGCAGGGACAGGUGGACGUGAAGAUCACCUCGCCCUCUCGCCGGCCCAUCCCCUGCAAGGUGGAGACGGGCACCACCAACGACAUCCACACCGUCAAGUACAUGCCCCCCGAGGAGGGGCCCUACAAGGUGGACGUGGCCUACGACGGGCCCCCCGUGCCGGGCAGCCCCUUCUCUGUCGAGGGGGUGAUGCCUCCGGACCCGUCCAAGGUGUGCGCCUACGGGCCGGGCCUGGAGGGCGGCUUCGUGGGCAAGCCGGCCCCCUUUGCCAUCGACACCAAGGGCGCGGGCACUGGCGGGCUGGGCCUGACCGUGGAAGGCCCGUGCGAGGCCAAGAUCGAGUGCCAGGACAACGGGGACGGGUCGUGCUCCGUGUCCUACCUGCCGACGGAGCCGGGCGAGUACUCCAUCAACAUCCUCUUCGCCGAGGCCCACAUCCCUGGCUCGCCCUUCAAGGCCAACAUCCAGCCACUCUUCGACCCCAGCAAGGUGACAGCCAGCGGGCCGGGGCUGGAGCGCGGCACGGCGGGCGAGACCGCCACCUUCCUGGUGGACUGCUCCAAGGCGGGCGAGGCCGCGCUCACCAUCGAGAUCGUCUCCGAGGCAGGGGUCAAGGCCGAGGUGGUGAUCCAGAACAACCGCGACGGCACCUAUACCAUCACCUACAGCCCCGCCUUCCCCGGCACCUACACCAUCACCAUCAAGUACGGCGGGCACGCCGUGCCCAAGUUCCCCGCCCGCGUCAACGUCCAGCCCGCCGUCGACACCAGCGCCGUCAAGGUCUUCGGGCCCGGCGUGGAGCCGCGAGGCGUCCUGCGCGAGGUCACCACUGAGUUCACCGUGGACGCCCGCUCGCUCACCAAGACAGGCGGCAGCCACAUCAAGGCGCGUGUCAUUAACCCCUCUGGCGCAAAGACCGAAACCUACCUCACUGACAACGGUGACGGGACCUACCGUGUCCACUACACGGCCUACGAGGAGGGCCUGCACCGGGUGGAGGUGACGUAUGACGAGGUGCCAGUCCCCAAGAGCCCGUUCCGCGUGGCCGUCGCCGAGGGCUGCGAGCCCGGUCGUGUGCGCGCCUACGGCCCCGGCCUGGAGGGGGGGCUGGUGAACAAGUCCAACCGCUUCACCGUGGAGACCAGGGGCGCUGGCACCGGCGGGCUGGGCCUGGCCAUCGAGGGGCCCUCGGAGGCCAAGAUGUCCUGCAAGGACAACAAGGACGGCAGCUGCAGUGUGGAGUACAUCCCCUUCACGGCCGGUGACUACGACGUCAACAUCACCUUCGGGGGGCGCCCCAUCCCAGGAGUGAGGGGCCCCUCCAGACCCAGAGGCCCAGCCUGGGGGCAGUGGGCUCCUGGUACCAGCGCGGCAGCAGGGCCUAGAUCCUGCCCGCGCCCCUGGGGCUCGGGGCAGGGCCAUCGAGUGCCAGUGCAUGGAGCAGGUCCGGGCUUGGGGGGUGGGUUCCCCCUCGGAUCGGUGCUGGCCCGGCCCAGCUCUGACUCUGGCCUGUCCACUUCCAGCCCGUUUAAGAUCAAGGCACUGCCGGCUCACGAUGCCAGCAAGGUGCGGGCCAGCGGGCCGGGCCUCAGUGCCGCGGGCAUCCCCGCCAGCCUGCCCGUGGAGUUCACCAUUGACGCGCGCGACGCUGGCGAGGGGCUACUCACCGUGCAGAUCCUGGAUCCUGAGGGCAAGCCCAAGAAGGCCAACAUCCGGGACAACGGGGACGGCACCUACACGGUGUCCUACGUGCCCGACCUGACGGGGCGCUACACCAUCACCAUCAAGUACGGUGGCGACGAGAUUCCCUUCUCGCCCUUCCGCACCCUGGCCCAGCCCAGCGGCGACGCCAGCAAGUGCCUGGUCACAGUGUCCAUUGGGGGCCAUGGACUGGGCGCCUGCCUGGGCCCCACCAUCCAGAUCGGGGAGGAGACGGUGAUCACUGUGGACGCCAAGGCGGCGGGCAAGGGGAAGGUGACGUGCAAGGUGUCCACGCCGGAUGGGGCCGAGCUGGACGUGGACGUGGUGGAGAACCACGACGGCACCUUCGACAUCUACUACACGGCGCCCGAGCCAGGCAAAUACGUCAUCACCAUCCGCUUUGGGGGCGAGCUCAUCCCCAACAGCCCCUUCCACGUGCUGGCGUGCGAGACCAUCCCCCACGUCGAGGAGCCGUGCGACUCGCUCCAGUUGCACCAGCCCUUCUCGCCGCACCAGGCUGGCGGCUCCCCAGCACGCUGGGCCACGGACCAGCCCGUCGCACCCGCCGAGAGCCUGGACACCAUGCUGCGGCCCUUCAACCUCGUCAUCCCCCUCACCGUGCAGAAAGGGGAGAUCACCGGUACGGGCGGGGGAGCCUGGCAACGGGGCACCAGCCUGGGCAGGGCAGGAUGCCACUGUGGGGGGAGAGAUCACGGGGACCACCAUCUGCCCCCUGCAAGGGGCCCCUCUCUGUGGCCCAGCUGCACCCCCCCCAUCCCUUCCCCCUGGCCGUGCUGCCCAGUAACAGCCCCCCACCCCGCAGGGGACGACUCCAUGCGGACGUCCCAGCUCAACGUGGGCACCUCCACCGACGUGUCCCUGAAGAUCAGCGAGAGCGACCUGAGCCUGCUGACGGCCUCCAUCCGGGCGCCCUCCGGCCACGAGGAGCCCUGCCUGCUCAAGAGACUGCCCAACCGCCACAUCGGCAUCUCGUUCACCCCCAAGGAGGUGGGGGAGCACGUGGUGAGCGUGCGGAAGAGCGGGAAGCAUGUCUCCAACAGCCCCUUCAAGAUCCUGGUGGGGCAGUCGGAGAUCGGCGACGCCAGCAAGGUGAAGGUGUGGGGCCAGGGCCUGGUGGAGGGACGCACCUUCGAGGUGUCCGAGUUCAUCGUGGACACUCGCACCGCAGGCUACGGUGGGCUGGGCCUGUCCAUCGAGGGGCCCAGCAAGGUGGACAUUAACUGCGAGGACGUGGAGGACGGCACGUGCAAGGUGACCUACUGCCCCACCGAGCCCGGCAACUACAUCAUCAACAUCAAGUUCGCUGACAAGCACGUGCCAGGGAGCCCCUUCACGGUGAAGGUGACGGGUGAGGGGCGCAUGAAGGAGAGCAUCACACGCCGGCGCCAGGCGCCCUCCAUCGCCAGCAUCGGCAGCACCUGCGACCUCAAUCUCAAGAUCCCAGGGAACUGGUUCCAGAUGGUGUCGGCGCAGGAGCGGCUCACGCGGACCUUCACGCGCAGCAGCCACACAUACACGCGCACUGAGCGCACCGAGAUCAGCAAGACGCGGGGCGGCGAGACCACGCGGGAGGUGCGAGUGGAGGAGUCCACGCAGGUCGGCGGGGCCCCCUUCCACAACGUCUUCAGCGACUUCCUGGGCCGCGAGAGCCUCGGCUCCUUCGGCAGCAUCGCCCGCACCCCGGAGGGCGAGGCGGGUGCCCCGACCAUGACAGCCCAGGUGACCAGCCCGUCGGGGCAGACGGCUGACGCGGAGAUCAUCGAGGGCGAGGACAGCGCCUAUAGCGUGCGCUUCGUGCCCCAGGAGAUGGGCGCCCACACNGUCCACGUCAAGUACCGCGGGCAGCACGUGCCGGGCAGCCCCUUCCAGUUCACCGUGGGGCCCAUGGGCGAGGGGGGCGCCCACAAGGUGCGGGCUGGGGGCACCGGCCUGGAGAGGGGCGUCGCUGGAGUGCCAGCCGAGUUCAGCAUCUGGACGCGGGAGGCAGGCGCCGGGGGCCUCUCCAUCGCCAUCGAGGGGCCCAGCAAGGCCGAGAUCGCCUUUGAGGACCGGAAGGACGGCUCCUGCGGCGUCUCCUACAUCGUGCAGGAGCCAGGGGACUACGAGGUGUCCAUCAAGUUCAAUGAGGAGCACGUCCCCGACAGCCCCUUCGUGGUGCCGGUGGCCUCGCUCUCCGACGACGCCCGCAGGCUGACGGUGACCAGCCUCCAGGAGACGGGGUUAAAGGUCAACCAGCCAGCGUCCUUCGCGGUGCAGCUCAACGGGGCGCGGGGUGUGAUCGACGCCAAGGUGCACACGCCCUCGGGCAUGGUGGAGGAGUGCUACAUCUCGGAAUUGGACAGCGAUAAAUCCACCAUCCGGUUCAUCCCGCGUGAGAACGGCGUGCACUCCAUCGACGUCAAGUUCAACGGGCGCCACAUCCCGGGCAGCCCCUUCAAGAUCCGCGUGGGGGAGCAGAGCCAGGCUGGGGACCCGGGCCUCGUCUCGGCGUACGGCCCGGGCCUGGAGGGCGGCAUCACAGGCGUGUCCUCGGAGUUCUUCGUCAACACGGUGAACGCUGGCUCGGGCGCUCUGGCUGUCACCAUCGACGGCCCCUCCAAGGUGAAGCUGGACUGCCAAGAGUGCCCCGAGGGCCACAGGGUCACCUACACGCCCAUGGCGCCCGGCAACUACCUCAUCUCCAUCAAGUAUGGCGGCCCCCAGCACAUCGUGGGCAGCCCCUUCAAAGCCAAGGUCACAGGGCCACGUCUCUCCGGCGGCCACAGCCUCCAUGAGACCUCCACCGUCCUGGUGGAGACAGUCACCAAGUCCUCGUCCUCCGUGGGCAGCAGCUUCAGCUCCAUGCCCAAGUUCUCCUCCGACGCCAGCAAGGUGGUGGCCCGGGGGCCCGGGCUCACCAAGGCCUUCGUGGGCCAGAAGAACACCUUUACCGUGGAUUGCAGCAAGGCUGGCACCAACAUGCUGAUGGUGGGCGUGCACGGCCCCAAGACGCCCUGCGAGGAGGUGUACGUCAAGCACGUGGGCAACCGAGUCUACAACGUCACCUACACUGUCAAGGAGAAGGGGGACUACGUCCUCAUCCUCAAAUGGGGCGACGAGGGCGUGCCAGGCAGCCCCUACCAGGUCACCGUGCCAUAGCCAGGAGCCAGAGCCCAGAGCUGCGGCGCCUCCCCCGGGCACGGUGAGGCGCCCACCCCCUUCCCCUCCUCACACACACAUACGCGUGCGCGCUUCCACCCCCAGGCCCGUGCCCCCCGAACUCCGUCCCACCCGCGGGUGAAGAGCUAUCAGCCAUGGACUCCACUGUCUUGCCCUGCACCAAGGACUGUUCUUGCCAAACAGUGCCCGCCAGCUACCCACAAUGCUCCCCUGCGGGAGCGCCCACCAGCUACCCACAGUGCUCGUCCGCGGGGGUGCCCGCCUGCUACCCACAGUGCUCGUCCGCGGGGGUGCCCGCCUGCUACCCACAGUGCUCCCCUGCGGGAGCGCCCACCAGCUACCCACAGUGCUCCCCUGCGGGAGCGCCCGCCAGCUACCCACAGUGCUCAUCCGCGGGGGUGCCCGCCUGCUACCCACAAUGCUCCUCUGCGGGACCGUGAUGGGGGCACUGGGCUGGGUGAAAAGAAGAGAGGAACUUUUUAUAGCAGUUUUUCAUCACUUCCUCUCUCGCUUUCCUCCAGUACUAGCCUAGCUGGAGGGGCAGAGGGCAUGGCCAGCAUGCACACCAGGCGCAGGUGGGCUUGGCUAGGGUGCAAAAGGGGUGGAGGGCAUGGCUGGGGUGCAGACCGGGCACAUAUGGGGCACAGGGCAUGGUUGGGCACAGACUGGCAGAGGGUAUAGUUGGGGAUGUAGAUGGGUGGAGGGAUGGUUGGGCACAGACUGGCAGAGGGCAUGGCUGGGGAUGUAGAUGGGUGGAGGGAUGGCUGGGCACAGACUGGCAGAGGGCAUGGCCCAGGGCGAAGGGCAUGACAGAGGGCAAAUGAGGUUGGAGACGGGCUAGGUAUGAGCAGGAAAGGGGCCCCUGUGUGUUGCCCCCUGGGGGACGUGGCAGGGGCAGGAAGCCGCUUUCCCAGGUUGGGGCCCCUGGUUGUAGGCAGGCGAGGGGCGAGCUGCUGCCGUGGGGGGCGGG